AUGUCAGAACAUCCCAUCCCUGUUGCUGGUUCUAGCAUGGAGCAACAGAAAAAGAAGAGAAAAACAGAAUUGGACAAGGUGAGAGACACGAUCGAACAAUCAGAUGUUGUUAAUACUGGAGAGUGCAAGGGUACAAGAUCAGAAAAGACUGUGAAAGAAUACAAAAAGAAGCAAGAGUUGUUCGAAACAUACUGCACCAAGCACAGCCUAUGCACCACAGAUGUAAAGAGCAUGAUUGCAUUCAUCAACGUCCUGGCCACAGAGAGUAAUAUUGUUGGACAGAAAUUGUGGAAAUAUCAUUCAGCUUUGAGUUACUGUUACCAACAAGCCACAAGAAGAACUUCCACAACAAUUUUAGCAAGCUGUGAUGGUGUCACUCAAGCAGAUAUUAAGAGGCACGGAAACUGGACAAGCAAUUCUGUGGCUGAUAGAUAUCAAUCUGAAAACAGAGAAACAGCAACAAAAACAGCCUUAAAAAUUAGCGAAAGACUCAAUUCCGUCACAAGCACCACCAGCUCCACCAUUGACAACACUGCACAAACUCCAUUUCAAAGUUGUGUUUUCAAUAACUGUACAAUAAAUUUCAAUUUUUAA